AGAUGCAAAGGUUGGGUACCAUUUUAGCUAAUAAUCCAAAACUUCGUCAAGAAGCUUCACACUAUCCCAAAUGCCAGCUUCAUUCAAUGAUUCUCAUUUAGCAGUGCAACAGCCACCUAAUUUAUUCAACUUAAAAGUCAACACUCUCUCUUUUGUUUUCCGUUUUGGUUUUGGUUCCUCACUUACAAAUAUACGUUGCUCUAAAUUUUCAACUUGGUCCGGUUUGUCAAUAUUUUCCCGGAAAUGAAAAAGAUUCAGGUUCGUGAAUACUUUCCUGAAGAAGUUAUGGUGCAAAUAUUGAGCAAAUUGCCGGUCAAAUCUAUUCUCAGAUUCCGUUGUGUGUGCAAGCUAUGGAAUUCUAUCAUCAAAACCCCACAUUUCAUCUCUACUUUCUCCUCAAACAAACAUCAUCCUUACAUAAUUUUGCUUCACUCUCGUAUCUACAAUUACAAAUACUCUAUGCGUUUCGACGACAAAGAUUUCGAUGACUACAAGUCUCUCCAAACACUUUUCCACCCAUCCAGCAACGUCUUUGAUGUGGUUCUGCUCGGUUUUAAUGGUCUCUUCUGCCUCCAUUAUGCGUACCGCAUGGAUCGCUUGAUAGGUAAGUUGGUUAUUUGGAACCCUUCAAUUGGCAAAUUUUUUCUGAUACCGCAACCUAGUUCUUGUCUUCUGAGGCUUAAUAAUAUACUCGGGUUUGGGUUUGAUUCAAGAACCAAUGAUUACAAAUUGUUAUUUGCUUGGUUUUCGGAGACCUCUAUUAAGGACGUGGUUCUCUAUUCACUAAACUCUAAUUCUUGGAGACAAAUCACUCAUGGCGUUCUCAACUAUAGAAAUAAUAAUAUGUUAUCCGAGAUGACAACUACAGCUUUCGUGGAUGGCAGGUUCCAUUGGCCUGUAAUUGGUGAUCAUAAGAAUGUGGUGGUGCUGGUGUUUGACUUAAGAGACGAGAUGUUUCGAGAGAUAUCACUGCCUGAAUGUUUGGAAAAUUGUGAAAAUUUAAAAAUGAUUGCAUUUGGAGAAUCAUCGAUCGCGGUUAUCCAUCGAAACAGUGAAUAUGAGUGUGAUAUAUGGGCGAUGAAAGAGUACAAUAGUGGUGAAUGGAUGAAGUUGGCAACAAUUGGAAAAUGCUGGAGAGGAAAGUUAGAGGUGCUCGAGUUUAGAGAUAAUGGUGAAAUAUUGGUAUUUUUUCAUAGGGGACAACGCUUAGCCUCGUAUAAUACAAAGAAUGGACGCAUAAAAAAUCUGAUACCUUUGAGCAGUCAAAAAAUAGAUAUGAUUUGUGGUUAUAAGCAUGUGGAGAGCCUAGUGUUGCUUAACAAUGAUAGUGCAAUUUCAAACCAGGUAUUCGAAGAACUACAUGCAGAGAAGUUCAUGUCAUCAAUCAGGGCGAGGUUAGCUCAAGGGUAGUUUAGUUUCCUGUUGAGCUGAAAUUUGCUUUUUUUUUUUUAAUAUGGUAGUUAUUUUAUUUUGAUGUUGCGUUUUUAAUUUUGAAUUAUGGUUGCAAUAUUGUGAAGUUAGUAAUGUUUAUUACUUUUAAGUUCAA